AUGGCAUCGAACGAUCAAGCUCAAAAUGAAACACAACCAGUGGUUAAUCCUCCAAAAAAGAUUAAUCAUACAUGGUAUCAAUCAGAAAGUACUGUUGUCGUUGUAAUUCCUAUUCGAAAUGUACAACGAGAUGAAGUACAUGUUGAAUCUACUGAAAAUACAUUAAGUGUUAAUAUCAAAUUACCAUCCUCAAAUAGUGAAUAUAAUCUUAAACUCGAUCUAGCUUAUCCAAUUAAUUGUAAUCGUACGGAUUUUAAAGUUAAUACAGCAAACGUUGAAGUUCGUUUGUAUAAAGUUGAUGCUGUACAAUGGACAUCACUUGAUGCUCAACAUAAAUCAAAUGUUCCACCAGUUAGUAUGAAUCGUACACCUACUGUACAAUCAGUUCCACCAUCGUAUCCAUCAUCAAGUAAAAAAGCCAAAGAUUGGGAUAAAUUUGAAGUUGAAAUAAAGAAAGAAGAAAAAGAAGAAAAACUUGAAGGUGAUGCAGCACUUAAUCAAUUAUUUCAACAAAUUUAUCGUGAUGGAACUGAUGAACAAAGACGAGCAAUGAACAAAAGUUUUAUGGAAUCGGGUGGCACUGUAUUAAGUACUAAUUGGGAUGAAAUUUCCAAGACAAAAACAGAAGUCAAACCUCCUGAUGGAAUGGAAUGGAAAUCAUAUGAUAAUUAA